UCCCGCCGAUAAGGAUCCAAUUCAGAAUCAGUGCUGAACACGAGCCAGCGUUCUUGGUCUUCGGGAUCUCCAGUGGGCGGUGGUGAGGACAAGUCGAAGUAAUAGCUGGGAGUGUUCGACCCGAGCUCUGCACGCCGGUACAUCCUUUUAAUGUAGGCUAUCUUCUCAUGCGCUCAUCAGUCCAGAACGGUCUCGGCAGUAAAACAGAAGUAUUUGUGCUUGGCGUUUCCAAUCCAUUCCGUUGCCCUGAAAAAGGCUGGGAUGAUUUCACAGUUGACGCUGCGGCGGGCGCUAGGACCUGAGAGAUCGCGCUGCGCCGCGGGAGCUCGGUGCAUUCUCACAGCGGUAGCAGCGCAAAAAGCUUGAAAGCUGCUUGCGCGAGUGUCGAUCCAGCUUCUCCUAGCUUCCAUUAUCGCCUGCCGGAGCGUGCACUUCCAACCAUGGGAUGGUUGAGAAAGGAAAACCACAUCCCUUGUGCCGUCGCGACGCCCUGUCAUAGAGCUUGCUGACUUCUUGCAGUGUGUGUGUGUCUCUCUCUCUCUCUUCACCCAGUCUCCCUCUUGCUCCCACUGUCUCAGCCGCUGCUGCAAGCAAACUGGCUACUUUCAGGACACAUGAAGCUGUGAUCCCAGAGGAAAUGCAAGUGCAUAUGGAAGUAUUACCCUGGUGGUGAAUUUGGCACGUUUGGGAAGGGGAUUAUUCUUUUAAAAAUUGGUCGCUGUUUGAGAGCUGAGAUUGGAGGCGAAGCGGUGGCAUUUUCGCUGAGUGGGCGCUGUAAUCAUCAAAGGUGUCAUUUGCUGACAUCGGGACCAGCAGAUCAUUUCAGGAGGUUUGGUCAGCAACCAACCAGUGACCAUAAGAACACCAGAAUAUUGCAGACCAUAUUCUGUAUCAUAAGAACUCCAGAAGAGCAUUUAGCAGUUCAGGCUGCCUUUCAAGCUGGAAAAUGAAAGUUGUUGUUCACUUAAUGAUUCUCUUGUAUACAUCUACAAUUCAAAGCCUGAAGAUUGUAUCCAAACGGGGUUCAGUUCUUCUGAAUCAGGACUCCCAUACAAAGUCCAACAUUCUAAAAAUAAACUUCAAGAGGGAGGGAGCUGAUGGAUGUACCGAUUGGUCUGUGGACUACAAGAAAUAUCAAGUUCUUCUGGGGGAACCAGUGCGAGUGAAAUGUGCAUUAUUUUAUGGAUACAUCAGGGCCAACUACACUAUAGCUCAAAGUUCAGGACUUAGCUUGAUGUGGUAUAAAAGUAGCGGUCAUGGGGACUUUGAAGAGCCAAUACCAUUUGAUGGAAUUAGAAUGAGCAAAGAAGAGGACUCCAUUUGGUUUCGUCCCACAGAAUUGCAAGAUGGUGGACUGUUUUCCUGUGUGUUGAGGAAUACUACAUACUGCAUGAAGGUUUCAAUGUCACUGAUUGUAGCUGAAAAUGAUACAGGCCUUUGCUACAAUACGAGAAUGAAAUAUUUUGAAAAAGCCGAGCUCAGCAAGAGUAAAGAAAUAUCAUGUCCAGAUAUUGAAGAUUUCAUUCUCCCAGACAGUGAGCCUGUCGUGUGGUAUAAGGAAUGCAAGGCAAAGGACUGGCGACAAUCUAUCAUCCAGAAGGGAGACAUACUUCUAAUACGUGAAGUAACAGAAGAUGAUGUUGGUAAUUACACGUGCGAGGUGAAGUUCGGAAGCUUUGUGGUAAGAAGAACGACAGAAUUAACAGUUACAGCUCCAAUGACAGAUAAACCACCCAAGUUCCUUUAUCCUUUAGAAAACAGGUUAAACCCUGUGGAGGCGCAGCUUGGCAUCUUUGCCAAUCUGACUUGCAGAGCCUUUUUUGGUUAUGGUGGAGAGGUCAGCCCUAUAAUUUAUUGGAUGAAGGGAGAGAAGUUUAUUGAAGACCUUGAUGAUAACCAUGCCAGAGAAAGUGACAUAAGAAUUCUCAGGGAACACCUCGGGGAGAAAGAAGUUUCCAUUUCUCUGCUAAUUGACUCUGUGCAGGAUGCAGACUUGGGAAACUAUUCUUGCUAUGUUGAAAAUGGGAAUGGACGUAGACAAGCAAGCAUUCUUCUUCAGAAGCGAGAACUGAUGUACACCGUGGAACUUGCGGGUGGAUUGGGGGCUAUCCUUCUGCUGCUGGUCUGUUUGGUGACUCUGUACAAAUGCUAUAAGAUAGAUAUUAUGCUAUUUUAUCGCAAUCAUUUUGGAGCAGAUGAACUAGAUGGAGAGAACAAAGAUUACGAUGCAUACCUGUCAUACACCAAAGUCGACCCUGAUCAGUGGAACCAAGAAACCACAGAGGAAGAACGUUUUGCACUGGAGAUUUUACCAGAUGUGCUAGAGAAACAUUAUGGGUACAAAUUGUUCAUCCCUGACAGGGACUUGAUUCCAACUGGAAUAUGGGCUGAAUCGCAAUCCCGUGCUACGCAACACUCUUCGUGCCCCACUAUAAUCGGAUGGGAGAACACAUAUGUUGAAGAUGUGGCACGAAGCAUUGAUCAAAGCAAGAGGCUAAUUAUCGUUCUGACCCCGAACUAUGUCAUAAGGCGAGGCUGGAGUAUCUUUGAACUGGAAACCAGACUGCGCAACAUGUUAGCCACGGGUGAAAUUAAAGUGAUAUUAAUUGAAUGCAGUGAACUUCGGGGAAUUAUAAACUAUCAGGAGAUUGAGGCCCUCAAACAUACGAUCAAGCUUCUUACGGUUAUCAAGUGGAAAGGGCCUAAAUGCAACAAACUGGAUUCCAAAUUUUGGAAACGUUUACAGUAUGAGAUGCCCUUUAAGAGGAUAGAGCCGAUCUCUAAUGAGCAGGUUUUGGAUGCUAGCGAACAGGGCCCAUUUGGGGAACUGCAAACAGUGUCUGCCAUCUCCAUGGCAGCAGCAACCUCCACCGCUCUGGCCACUGCCCAUCCGGACCUACGCUCUACCUUUCACAACACCUACCACACUCAGAUGCGGCACAAGCAUUAUUACCGGAGCUACGAGUAUGAUGUACCUCCCACUAGCGGCAUAAUGCCCUUUACCUCAUUUGGUAAUCAACACACAUACUGCAACAUCCCCAUGACACUUAUCAAUGGGCAGAGGCCCAACAAUAAAAUAAACAAGGAGCAAACUCCAGAUGAGGUUCACACAAACAGUGCAGUACUACCACUUCUGCCAAGGGAGACCAGUAUGUCCAGUGUCAUUUGGUAACAACUAGUGGGGUAAUUUGAACCCCUUCAGGUUACACAGUCCAGUGCCUGGGACCAUGGCCUUGACUGCUGCUGUUAUACAAAAUGAAAUAUGAAAACACAGGGUCUUGUAGAUAAUUGAUUUGUUUGUAACAUCAGAGUCUUCCUGUUCGAUUCUUGCCUGUCACUACCACAUUUAUGAUUGUUUUCUAUGUUCUCUGUUAUUAGAACUGUUUUCAGAAUUUUUAAAGAAACUGGCAAGCAUAACCAUGUCAUACAGAGAAAGGAAAAAAAAACAUGCUUUUUCAUGAUUGAUGGAGAUGGAAAUGGCUUGGUUUUGACAUUUUGUUGGGAUGCUUUUGCAAGGUUGUGAGAUAAAUGUGUGAGGAUUUUUUUUUCCACUUUUCAUUCCAGAUAAAUGAAAAUGCAUUGAAGCCACGGUCAGUUUCCUGAAAUGUGAUUUGUUGAGGGUGUGUGCAUUGUUACGUAACAUAUUAAGCCGUAGGCAUUAUAUAUCAGAGACACUGAAAGCUAAAGUGUAUAUUGUAGGUGAUGUUUCCACGUCAGUACCAUACCAAGUCAGUCUGAGGCACCCCUUCAAGUUCAGAUAUUUAUCAAAAGAACAUUCUGAUCAUUUUAUUGCUGACGACAACUAUUAAAUAGAACUUUAUGAGGUGAAGUAGAUCUAGACCUAGCUCAAACCAUUCAUGAUCACAAGAUAAUUAUACUUUACCUAAUUAAUAAUAAAUUCCCCUUUUUGCAGAUAUUCGUCGUGGGUGGUGUUGAAAGAAAGGCAUUUGCUUACAAAAAUAAACUCAUAAUUAUGAUUAACAGAAAAGAUCUAUUAUCAAGGUGUCCUAAGUAAAUUAUGCCCUUUUACAAUGGUAAAUUAGUCUUCCACAAUCACGAGAAAAUUGUGCAGAGAUGUGAUUCAUUUUACUGGAAAAUGCACUCUACAAAGGUUUUUUUUUAAUGUUGACUCAGUGCACAAUUCCCACGGUAAUGAUUAGGUUUUUUUUUGUUUAAAUACUUUGUCUAAAGAUGGUUAGGGCCAUUUCUACCUCUACAACAAUAAAUGAUAUUUCAGAAGAAAAAUAUCUUGAGUUUUGUUUUGUGUUUUGACUGAAACUGAAAACUUUGGUUUUCAAAGUCAGAUCACAUGGGCAUUAGGGCAGCAUGUUUCUUACUUUUUAUAACGUUUGUACGCUUAUGUAUUUUUUCUAUUUGUCAGCUUUUUAUUUGUUAUUUACUUGUGGGUCAGUGUGUAGUGGUUUCUAAUGCCUUGAUUCACUCUUUACGUCACAGUUUGUUAUGUAGGGACCACAAAAAGCACCAGGCUUGCUUGUCCAUAUCUUAAAAUUAAAACUAUUACUUUCAAAUGUUGUUGUCAUCUUCACUCAUUCCCAUGGUGGUAACUUCAGCUACAUCUUCCCAGAGCAUUAAAUCACAGAUUUUGGGUCAGAUUAUUUAGGUUGUUUUAUGUAGGUUACUCUCAGAUUCAUUACUCAUUCAGAAACUCAAAAAAAAGUGCCAUUUCCACUUCACUUUAUUUCAUCCCUUUUUAUGUCGUUCAAAGCCUAAAUACCAAAAAGCAUAGCAGUCUCUUCUAGCAGCAUGUUUUCUUUGAAAACACGUGGUAGUUUUUUUUCACAGAAGCAGCAUGCUUUCUUAUUAUAGACAAUCAGUAGCUCUUAAUAAUAAUCCUUCUACUGCCAAGUGUUCGUUAGACAUAGGGCAACCAGCAAGGCAUGAUACUUGUAACAAAAGCCUUCCUAUUUGGAGAAAGAGAUGCAAAUAAACAUAUUGUGCAAUCCAAGAAAUCCCACAAAUUCUAGAUUAGGAUUUUAAAACAGAAAAUUGCACAUUUGUUUAGCAUUACUAACUUGCCAAUAAGCACUUAAAAAAUAAAGCCAUACGUUUGGCAUUGCUCUCAUUCUUCACAUCCCUCGUAUUCAUUUCCUUUAUUCAUGUUCACUUUUACAUUCAUGCACCUUCUGAAUAUUAAAAGAAAGCCUUUCCUCCACAGUUCCUGAUGUUUCCAGUUGAUUGUGGCAGAGGUGCUUGGCACACAGUAUGCCAAGCUACAAAUAACAAAAUUUAUCACACAGACAAUUUGAUUGAUUAUAGGUGUGGAUAUUCACUAGGAUCAAACCUUUGGACAUUCAGGUGCUCGACCAAUGGCUUUCCUACUGAACAUACGAAUGAGUGAAAAUGUUCACUUAGUGUUGAAAAGACAAUUGGUUCAGGUGGAUUACAGGUGUAAUGAGGAUCAGGGUGAGAUGGGGGACUUCAAACAGUUCAGGUACAACUUAGAUGCAUUUCCACAGUGUGACAGGAAGAGCAUGCAAAGCUGGAGGUCCUCAGAUGCCCAAAGAAAUAGAGAUUGUUUGAAAGAAUGAAAAAGAGAUUUAUGAAAAAUGUCAGGCACAAAAGCUUAGUAAAGAAGCAAGCUGAAUCCAAAAAUGUAGGGAAGAGUUGAUAAAGGAACUAAGACAGAUAGAGAGAGGAUGAAAAUAGAUUAACAGGUAACAUAAAGGUAAUCCAAAUAUAUUUUCUAAAUCUGGACUCAGUAAAACAGUAAUUAAAAGAAAGAUGGAAUUGAUUAAAGAUUUUAAAAGGAAAUAUUUAACGAAGACAAAGUGAGGCACUAAAUAUGCAACUGCAUCAGUCAACAUGAAAGAAGAGAAUGCUACCACAGUAAAAACAAGAUAGUAUUUGAAGAAUUGAAUAGGAGAAAAUUAGAUAAAUUCAAAGUACUUAGAAUGUUAGAAUGGCUGAAGUUAGAAAAGUCAGCUAUACUUGAUCGGAUUAAUACUGGAUUGCUAAGGGAAGUAAGAGUGGAAAUUAUGAAGGCUCUGGUCAUAAUUUUUCCAAUUCUUCUAAAAUACGGAAGUGAUAGCAGAGCUUGAAAAAUUAUAAAUGCUACAUUCUUACUCAAAUAUGGAAGAGGGAUGAAACAGGCAACUAUGAGCCAAUCAGACUAACAUUGAUGAUGGGAAAUGUUUGAGGCAGUAUCCUGCAACAAAACAUACUGAUUUUUGGAAAUGUAUGUGUUUGUAAAUGAAAGACAGCAUGGACUUGUUAAAGAGAAACUGAGUUUGAUCACUGUCAUGGAGUUACUUGAGGGAGUAAUGAAGAGCAUGCGGUUGACAUGUAAACAGAGUUUCAAAAGAUUGUUGAUGAAGUAUAAAGUACCAUAUAACUGACUUAGCAAAAUUGAAGCCCUUGGAAUUUAAGUGUCAGUGUGACAGUGAUCAAAAUUAGCUAAGAAAAAGAGGACAGAGAUUAGAAUUGAACAUUUAUAUUUUUUUGAUUGGAGGGAGGUACACCUAAAUGUACCCCAGCAGUCAGCAUUAAAUUAUUACUUUAUUUUUAUAUUAAUAAUUGAGGUAUAUGUAUAUAUAGCAUUGUUUAUGUGCUUAUAGUUGAAGUAGGCGUACAAAGCAAUAAACAGUGAUGAUAACAACAGACAUCAAAAGGAAAUAAACUGAUGAAUUGAGUUGACUCGCAGUAAAUGAAAUUUAACACCAUGAAGUUUAAAGAGUAUGUUUAGCAGAAAUAAGGAGGUGAGGUAAUAUAACCAAAAUAGUAUUGUUUUAAUGUAAUGCAGUGACAGAGAAACCUGAGCAGGUAAAUAUACGGGCAAGACAGGGUAAGUAAAGAGGACAUUUUUUACACUUGGCAGAGAGAACAAAAAAUAAGGAAAUCAUGAUAAAUGUGAUAACUCACUGGUUCGGCCUCAGGCUAGAUUGUUCUGAUCAAUACUGGGCAUUGCACUUUAGAGAAGACAUUAAAGCAAAGAUGAUAUACUGGAAAACCAGCAAGGAUGUAAGAUUUUAGAUAUACGGAGAGACUCCAGGAACUCCGAUAAAAACAGCAAGAGUAUUUCUAUCAAUUUCAUGUUUUCAUCUCAGAUUUCCAACAUCUGCAGUAAUUUCUUUUCUAUUGCAAAGAAACUGUGUUUUCUCCCUGCAGCAGAAAGGUUUAAAGGGAGAUUUAAUAGAGUUAUUCACAGUCAUGAAGAAUUUUGAUGCAGUAAAUAAAGAGAAAAUGGUUUCGGUGGCAGGGGUAUUGUUAGGCAGAGAAGACAGAUUUCGGAUAUUAGAAAAAUAAUCAGAUGGAAGGGAAAAAAUAUACAAUUAGUUGUUAUAAUCGAGAAUGUGUUAUCUGAGAGGGUGGUGGGGAAACUGAAUCAAUAAUAACAAAAAACAGAAUUGAAUAAUUACUUUAAAACCUGCAAGUUUUUUGGGGGAAAUUCAGGAGAGUGAGACUGAUUAGGUAACACUUUCAAAGAGUCAGCCAAGGAACAAUCAAAUCGAAGGAACUCCUUCUGCGCUGGAUCACUCUUUGAUUCUGUAUCAACUUGACAAAGAUUUGAACUUGGAGAACAGUUUAUUUUUGAAAGGAGUAGAGUAAAACACAUAAAACCAUGGAACCUUAAUAAAUUAAUCAUUUUUUGUUGUAGAAAUAAUGUAAUAUUAGGUCUAACAUUUUCCCAUUUUGACCAUCUUUAAUUGUUUGUAAUAGUAACAUCAAUAUUAUGUUAUAAGCAUUCAGUAGCUAUAGUUUACACAUGUCUUCAUGAAUCAUUAAAGUCAGUUAAUAAAGCAAAAUAUUGUAGGAGGUGUGCCAAAUGAAUUUACUUUCAUAUAUUUAAUUUAAUUUAUUGAUUUAGUAGCACCAUUUUUUCCCAACUUAAAGAAAAUGCUGUAAAAUCCUGUGUGUAGAACUCAUUAUUGCAGAAGUAAUGUUCAAGAUUUGCUUCUUGAAUUAUAAAAUGCAUUCGGCCCAUAUACCAAUCAAUUAUACUGUGCUUGAGUCAAAGGAAGAUCCCAUUGAAACAUAAACUGUACUAAAACUUCAAAUUGAACCUGCUUGUCUACGAAUGAUUAAGAGCAUUGGAUUUCAUGGGAUGAAACUAAUUGAAGGCGGUAGUUUCAGGCCAAUAGUGUUUGGCAUGCACUGUAAUUGCAGUUCUUGGUUAGGCUUAAAACUGUUUUUUAUUGAAAUGUUUAGAGAUCACCAGUUGUCUGCUAGAAUAUUGAAUUUUUUUAUGUUAAUAAAGAAGAACAAGGUAACCAGCACUUUACUGACAUGAUAAAAAUGCCGAUGCAGUUCUAAAAGUGAUGAAUGGAGCUUUUUGUAAUACAGUUAAGUAUUGUGGACAUGCUGGAAAUCAAUUAUUGCUGGUAGCCCAUAUCACUCUAAAACACAAACUGGUUCAAAAUCAGUGCCUGCAUUGUUAAGGCAGCAUAUGUUACCAUCUCAGUGCUGGGGAUUAUUAAAAAUCUGCAUGAAUAUGCUAUCUAUACACCAGAUAUUAUGGUAUAUCCUGUACAGUUGUUUCAACAUUUUACACCUAGAUACAAAUUUUAUUUAAAUAUAAACUGUUCAAUCUGUCAAGUCUAUAGGUGCCCAGGUGCUUAGAUGUUAACCAGCUGUUAAUAAACUAGAAUUUUAAAGUUGUACUAAAAUAGAAUUUGAUGUGUAAACAUUGCAGCUAUGAAAGAAACUUCCACACUGCAACUGGAAAAACUUUACAAAAUGGGUAAGAUUUAUUUUGCUUCCAUUUAUGAUUGGCCUUAUAAGCUGACACUAGAACUAUUUAACUCACCAAGAAAUAAAAUUACUAGGUGUGAUCUGACCAAAAACAUUUCCUGUUUUAUCAAAUUUUAUGGCACCUGACAUAUUUUAAAUUAGGUCCAAAGAUCCUAUAUGUUGAUUGAACAAAGAACAACUUAUACAAGUUCAUCCAUCUCAGAUUAUCUUUUUCAUAUUUCCAAAGUAGCAUUUGUACAACAUUGUGGCAUUGCAUAGGAGAUUCAUUAGCCAUGUUACGGCCCCUCACUUCUACCUGGAAGUUAGCGGACUCAGUUUCAAACAUUUUAGCAGAGGUUUAAUUGGGUGCAGCUUAUAUACAUAUAAAAUUUGAGUUGGGUAACAGAAAGGCAAAGAGAAAAUGAUUUAUGAAAAUAACACACAUUCAGUAUAGGAUGACGUAUUAUUUACUCUAAAACCAGAGUAAUCCUCUUUUUAUUAACAUAGUAUACUCUUGAUGAAAUACCUGCCACUUAAGCUACCCAACUGUAGCAGGUGUUGCAUAUUUUUUGCUUUCUGUACUCAAGUUUAUACAACCAAGAAAAACCACAUAUGACUAUGAAUGCUGCACAGUUAGCAAUAGAGUUGUGGAUUUUGCAAUGUUGAUUGUACUUGCCUUAACUUCGCAUAAAACAAAGAGAAGAAAAGGAAAAGUGUAGGCAAGUUCAGUUCUGGAUACUUUUCAUAAUUUGAGGAAAAAGUUAAGCCACAGUGUAUUCACAGGAGACCUUGUAAACAUGACAUGAGCACAUAUUGCCCUGGGUUUGUUAAAGCACAAGGUGUAUUUUGUCUAGAGUUAAAAUACCUUUGGUGUAAUUUUUGCUUUAGGUAAAAAAAAAUGUUGAAUGUGAAAAAAAUCUUUAUUACUUGCAUAUGAAUAUUUUUGUAUCUGAAGGAGGUUAAGCUCCCUGCUUUAUCACAUGUAUCUUUCAGAAAAAUAAACAGGGUAUGUGUUCAAUUUGUAAAUGUUUUCUUUUAGGAUCACUCUUUAACUGGAAAUUGCAAGAUAAUAAUACAAACUUUUGUGAACUGAACAAACAAUAAAAGAGUACAGAUAAAAUAGAGUUGGUUAUCCACCAUCUUUAUUUUCC